AUGGAAGGAUCAUCAAAAACGUAUGCCGAAGCAGUAAAAGGAAAGCAAACUACAGUAUUAGGGAUAAAAGGAAUAGAAGAAACGGUAAAAGAAGUAAAAAAAUUACGAGAAGAAAAUGAACAAAUAAAGGAACGAUUAAUGAUGGAACAGAUUUGGAACCAAAAGGAACUUCAGAAACGGAUUGAACAAAUAGAAAUUGAAGAAAGUGAAGAAAAAAGUACAAAAGAACAAGAAAAAUGGUGGAUAAGAAUUUAUGAAAAAAUAAAUAAAUUCUUUGAAGAAAUAUAUCAAUACGAAGAUCAAGAAUG